AUGUCAGUUAAUCAUCAAUUACUAGUUCGUCUAUCAUCAAAAAGCCCUCUUUUAUCACGUCCUUUUUUUAACAAGAAUGUAUCAAGUUUAGGCAUUCGAUACUUUCAGGCUACUAGACAACAUCUUACGCAAUCAACAACCGAAACAGAGUCUGACAUUUUACUUGCACAACGCAAAUUGCGUCCAACUUCACCUCAUUUAUCCAUUUAUCAACCUCAAUUAACUUGGUACAUGUCGAGUGCACAUAGAUUAACUGGCGUUGCCCUUGGUGGCGCUCUUUAUUUAAGUUCAAUGGCAUAUCUUGCUGCCCCUGCUUUCGGCUAUCAUAUUGACUCUGAAACUCUUAUUUCACAGUUUGCCAUUGCUCCUGAUGCUGCUAAAUAUGCAGUAAAAGCUAUGUUAGCUGCCCCAUUUACUUAUCAUUUAUCAAAUGGUAUUAGACACUUGAUUUGGGAUUCUGGUAGAUGCCUUGAUAUGAAGGGUGUAUAUAGAACAGGUUAUGCUGUACUUGCCACUACCGUUAUUGGUACAUUAUACUUAGUAUCAACUUAA